GUGUGUUUAUGUAUAUCAUUGAGCAACGCUUCCCUCCUCUCCAACCCCUUGCUACGAUGUACUCUAUCCGUCUUUCUCUAUCCUCCACCCCUUCCACUCCCCUUCCACCAUCUCUCCCACUCCCUUAUUCCAUCUCCCUCAAUAUCAACUACAACAACAACAACAACAACAACAUCAGCAGCAGCAGCAGCAGCAGCAGCAACAACAAACAUUAGUAUCAACAACAUCAGCAGCAGCAACAUUAUCAACUAUAACAACUUAAGUUAUAAAUAUAUAUAUUUAUAUUCACAUUAUUCAUCAUUUAACAUUCAGUUUAUUAGUUUGAGGAAUAGCUUGGCGAUUCCAGGAAUGGCUGAUGAGGAGCUGGAUCACAGAAAGCGCAAGGUUGGAGAUGCAGAGAUUUAUACACAUCCAGUCAGUCUGGAGGGCGAUGACCUGUUGGUUCUCAAGUACUCACCUAUGAUAUAUGCAGAGACUCCCUCACCAAAGUGUCGAACUCCACGCACCAAUAGCUCACAGACCACUAGCCCAUCCAUUAUAUCCGGUAGCAGUCCAAUGCUGUCUGCAUCAUCAGGUGCUUACUUCUCAUUGUCAAACUUUAGCAAUAACCUUUCGCUCAACAACAACACGACAACAAAUAAUCAUGUACCACAUCACCAUCACCUAUCAUCACCAAUGCAUCAUUCACAGGUUGACAUUGACCAGCAUCACCAUUCUCCACGCUCACAGUCCACCAGCCCCAUCGUUCCACUUUCCUUUGGUAGUGCAUGCAACAACGAAAAGGUUCACUCACCUGCACCGAUUCCCUCGGUUCCAUUUAAUUGGAGAGGAGCUACGUCCUCUGUUGGUCACCCGCCAAACAAGGGUAUAAACCAUCUCUCCACUGGCACCUCUCCACUCAUCAGCAUCAAUGGCGAUUCAAAGACACUUCCAAAUCCUUUCUCCAGUCUAUCAACGGGACAAUCGUCACCAAAGUUCUCCACACCAUCACCCAACUUCUUUGCCCAUGGAUCGAAUCUAAAGGUUCCGACCGAGAUGCUCCAUCAACAGGGAACGUCAGUGGGCAGCAUCAACAGCAUCAGCCCCUCAGCAUUGGAUAAACCUUUUCCAACUUCCCCAACCAAUAGCAGCAUCAACACCAGUAACAUCAACACUUCCACUACAACAACCACGAGCACACCAAAUACCAAUCCAAACCUUUCAAAGCUGCAGCAGCAGAACUUGAUUUUGAACUGCACUUAU